AGCGACUCAGUACGAAAGGCGUAUCGUUUCGGUUUAGUGUGCAAUAUAUGUGUUUCGUCGUUGUUAUCUUAUGAUUAUUGUAACUACUGGUUUGGGAGUUUUAUUGAAAUUUGAACGACUCUAAGAGGAUGCUAUUGUUAAAAGACGUAUAUUUAUGCGUCGUGUGCUCUGUAGUUUGCAUGUCAGCAUUAUCAGCCGUUACUUUACACGUGCAAUUAAUCGAAACGACACCAAGGGUUAAAUAUGAAUUGGUGUGCUCUUGGGCAUUUGACCCAUACGCUCCAGUCAUUUGGUACCGAAAAAAGAAGUCUGACCAUGAUUGGGAGAAUAUCUUGACGAUUUCUUAUUACGAGAACAGUUGUUCUAUAAGACCGCAAUCUCAGCCUGAUGGUUUUAACUGUGGAUGUUUAACCAGUGGACGUACAGGUUGUAACAUAACAAGCUCUCCGGAAAUCACUGAAGACGACGAAUUGAUGUGUGAAAUUCUUUCCGGACCACUAAUUAAAAACAGCAAUAUCGUCACUUUAUCAAUAAGAGAAAAAAAUCAAAAUAAAUGGCAGGAAUACGUUUUAUAUACACCGGAAAACCAAAGCGUUUUUCUAAAUUGUUCUGACAAUAAACCAAUUACUGAUAAAUCAACACAAUCAAUCUCGUCAGUAAACGGCUUUUUAGUACAUUCUUUCCGGAACGGAACACAGUUUAACCGAAGCCAAAAGAGUGAAGACAAUGAGCACUUUAAUGUUUCGUUUACAAGGGAUGACAACGGCACCUUGAUGUCUUGCAUACGUGGGCAAAGAGCAAUAGCCCGAUGGAAAAUCGUCGUGUUGUAUCCACCAACUGUUAUUGACAUGAAGGACUUAGCAAUUUUAGAGAACAGUACAAUCAGCCAGGAAUGCAAGUAUAUACAUGGCUACCCAACACAGACAGAUAUAACUUGGUGGGUAGGGAGUAAGUUAGUUGUGUUGGGCAGUCAGCUGGUAAUAACACAAGUAAGCAGACUGAGUGCGGGACUAUACAGGUGUGAAGCAACAAAUCGUUUUGAGCAUGAUGAAAUGCCAUAUAUUGGCAAAGGAUCGGGCAUGUUUCAACUCAAAGUCACAUAUCCCGCAACAAUAACACGUUUCCACAUCAACGCAUUACCACAUAUUGUGCAAGUGACGUUGAUAGAAACGGAAAAUGCAACAUUUCAAUGUAUCGGAGACGGAAAUCCGCAACCAACACUUACGUUAAUAAAGCAGCCAACAUUUGAACUAAAUGAGACAUUAACACAUACUUUUGAUGGAAUGAUCCUCAGUUAUGACAUUGCGGCUGUUAGCAGUAAACAUUCUGGCCAGUAUACAUGUGCAUCUUCAAACUCUAUUGGCGAGAAUGUCAGAACUCUUCAUUUGUACAUAAAAAGUUUACAAGAACUUGGGAAUCUAAUGCAUGGAAGAUCGACGCUUGUAACUGAUACCUCAGUUAACCUACAAUGGAUUUUUUCCGACGCUGGAGUGCUCCAUAUAGUGCAAAACAACACGUGUUAUGUUCUUUACAAGUCUAGUAAAGAAAUAGAAUGGAACACAGUUAUCAUUGAUAUAAACUGGAUGCUAAAUUUGAAUAUACGUAAGCUAGAUCUUGAACUGACACAACUGCGUCCUGACAUUCUGUAUGAAGCACAGUUGAUAGCAAGUUUCUCGUCUGGCAAUUACUCCAUCGCACCAACAGUGACGUUCAAGACAUUGUCGUUUUCAGAGGAGACGAAACUUAGCAUAAUUGUUGCGGCUACAGCCGGUUCGGUUCUUAUCAUGUGUAUCAUGAGCGUACUUCUGCGACUGUAUUUGAAAAGAUCACUCAGAGAUGAUACACAUGGAGAGAUUGAAAACGUACGAAUUAGCGCGCACAAUAAUAUGACCACUAUGAGUGCAAUAGGAAAUGCAUCCGGAAUCAUAUUAACACAAGAUGAAGACCAUUACGAUUGCAUAGAGAUGAGCAGAAUACAUCCAUUUAUCGAUCCACAAGACGCUCACAGUGCUCAUAUUGAACCAGUCCCCCCUCAAAUUAUUGGUGGAACAAAUCUACGUGAUGAAAUAUGUUUGAAGACAAAACUAAACCCAACUGAGGAGCUGCACAACUAUAUGGGAGAGUUUGUUGAAGAUGAAGUCGAAGAAUACAUAACUGGUUGUUGUCAUAGCAGUAGUUCGACAACCGAUUCUGUAAUCUCCGACACAUGUUUACAGUACCUUACAGUGAUUGACAACGUGCCGAUUCCACCAGAAAGCAUUGUCUUAACCAGUGAAUAUGAUGAUGUUGCGAACACUUCUAGACAACCACAAUCAUAGAAUGCAUGGCCCUUGAAAAAACACCCAGUGUAUGUUGUUUUACACCUUGUUCUGCUUUUUCGCCCUCUUCGUCCUUACAUGAUGGUGAGGAUUUUUAGAACGUGUAGCGAACAAACAGAUACGCAGUGGAGACCUGGUAGUGUCUUGGUGAACGUGUAGGACAUGGAGAGCUUUUGAAUAUGCUUCCAACGUAUAUGGUGAUAGCGAGAAAGGAACAUAGAAACAGUACGAACCAAGUAAAUACUGCAUUAAGACCUGACAGAGACGCAUUCGGAAUUCAUGAUCGUAACGCUGACGUGUGCACUUCAGGUCGAUCUCUCGCUGUGUUCCUUCUACGCUUGAAAUUCGUUCAUUUGUCUACAUCGCGUCCACAAAAUACCUCAUCAACAAUGUCUCACAUUCUUCAUACGUAUAUCCAGAUCCUUAACCAGAAUUGUGCCUGAUUCAGAUUUUUAACUACAAAAACAUUGUCCAUACAAUGUGUUAAUAGAAUGGUAAAGUAGCUGUGCAUAAACAUAUCGUCCUUAAUCACGUUUAAGAUUAUUCGUUAAAAAGAUACCGCGUUCGCUGGUGGAAACAGAAACUGGUAGAUGAUAAAAUCACAUCUGUUCUGCUAGCCAGAAAGUGACGCCAGCCGCGGAGAUGAUCAAGGGUUUUCUGGGUUGCUUGAUUGGACAAUUUUUUUAUUUAUAUCGUUUUUAUGUCGCUGUUUGUUGUGUAUGUUUGUUGUCGUUUUUCCUGUUUUGGUGGUGUUUGUUUGUUGUUGUUUUCAUCGGGGAGUGUGAUGAAUUUAAUUUUUGGACGCAUACCUGACAUGUUGUUGUCCUGCGCUUGAACUCGGAGUGUUUCCCAGCACUCCUACCUAACUAAGUUAUUGGAAUCGCCCAAGUUGUGAGCAAUAUCGAAUGUUUUUGUUUGUAUUUUGUGUGGUCUUGAGCUGUGGAAGGGGUGUGGACAGGAGUUCAGGAAUACGAUAAACAGCACAUAUGCCGUUUAUUUUGUUAUGUUUCUCAGAAGAUAAAACAUGAAGAACACGCAUCUGUUUACAAAAUUAUUAUUGUUUGCAUAAUUGUAUUAAAGUGAAGUCUACUGUGUUUUGUGCUUCUUAAACUGAGAUCUUUGACAACGUUUUAGCUUUCAUUCGUAUGACCAUAUGUAUAUUACCAUUACUAAU